AUGAAGAGCUUCGGUAUUCUAUCCGCCCUGGCUUUCGCCAGUAUUUCAGCUGCUCAGACCCCGUCGGGCUUCACCCCCGCCGUGGAGCAAAAGCUUGAGGUCACGUUCGGAACCAAGUCUGUGACGCCUGGUCUAGCAUUGGCAAAGACCGAAACCUCAAGGCAGCCAACUAUUGGCCUAGGUAUUCCUGCUAACGGUACCUAUUUGUGGAUGCUGAUCGACCUCGAUGCAUCAACCAACUUCAUAAACCCCGGCCAAGGCCAACCAGCCACAUAUCUUCACACCGUGAUCCGAGAUUUCAAGGCAAGCGGCAGUGCAUCAGCCGACGGCGUUAGCACGCUUACGUCCACGGCCAAUGGCCCCGUAGCGUGGUUUGCUCCGGCACCUCAACCGGAGAACCCUCCUCAUCCGCACCGAUACACGAACCUACUUUGGGAACAGCCGGAGAACUGGCAGGUCCCCGCGGCCGUGAACCAGAUGCUUCAGAGCCAGAAGACUGGAUUUAGCGUUCCCAAGUUCAUUACGGCUGCUGGACUGAAGGACCCUAUUGCCGCCAACUACUUCAACGUCACCGGUUAA